ACAACAAAAAAGACAGUGAGCAAAUAAUAUCCAUUCUCUCGUUUGCAUGUAAAAGCAGUGGACAGAGAGUGAGAGAGACGACGAUGAAGCCAAGCCGGAGCGAAGAAGUAUCCGACCCGGAACAGCAGAUCAAGAACUGUAACCAGAUCAGAGCUGAUUUCGAUUCCUUAGCCCCAAAACGACCCACUAAACCCACUCGUAGCGAACCUGGAUCUCCUGGAUCUUUCACUACCUCAGACGAAGCCACGGACCAUCCUGAAGCUGACAAAUUCCGAUCUCUCCAGUCACAAACUCAUGGUAAAGUACUAGGUGAGGGAGAUUCAUCUGCAGUUCAAGAUGAGUUCUUGGAAACAGAGUAUUACACAAAUCUCACCGCCACUGAUAAGCAACAUCACACGACUGGAAGUGGGUUUAUCAAUGUGGUGAAGGAAGACGGUGGUGGAGAGACAACCGAGGCCGUUACCGCCGUCGCAAUCGGAGACGGAGGAGAAAAAGCUGUUUACAGAAGCAAUCCGGCAACGAACGAAUGGAUCCCUGCGGCGGCGGAGGAAGAUCUCGUUUCUGAAUUUUCAUCUAAACCGACACGGAGCGAGAGUUCUUGAAUGGAUCUUUGAAACAAUGUGUUAUCUACUUGUUCUCCAGAUGUUCUGUUUCUUGAAAUUAUGGUGAAUCAAAUUUUAAUUAUUAAUUAAUAUAUAUA